AUGCAGGCCAUCAAGUGUGUUGUAGUGGGGGACGGGUAAGUUGAACCUACAUUAGUCUAGUUAGCUAUGAUAUAUUAAUUAUAAUAUCAAAUCAUUGUCUCUAUAAGCCCAUAGUUUGCUUGUUACCUUGCUAGCUAACUGGUGACAACUGUUGUCACUGUUUCCAGCUUGCUAACACAUUUGUCUGUAAAGUUGUUAUGGCAUGCUAACUUAGCUUAACUAGUGUUCUGCAUUCUCGUUUGCUGUUUAUGGCUAGUUAGAUAAAGCAGCUGUAUGCACUGUUUUCUCAGAGUGGGAUAUGGAAAAAUCACAUUUCCAAUUCACACAUGCGUAUUAAUACGCACUGAAAUUAUUAGCACCCACCAAAUUAUUGUUAUUAUUAUUAUUAUUAUUAUUAUGAUUAUUAGUUAUUAAAUUGUGCUUAACUAGCUAACAAUCCUUUAGGGUGGGUUGCCCCAACAUGGUUUAAAUGGAUCUUAGAUUAGAUCUAACUUAGAUUUUGUAAAUCUAGGUUUAUAGCUAGCUAAUUAAUGUGUUGCACCACUUAAAGCUGCAGUAUGUAACUUUUUGGGCAACCCCACCAAAUCUACAUAGAAAUGUGAGUUAUAGAUCUGUCAUUCUCAUUGAAAGCAGGUCUAAAAAGCGAUAGAUAUGUUCUAUGUGCGCUAUUUCUAUGCUGCCCGUUAAGUUUCGUUUUUGUCUUUUACUUUCUGUUUUGUACACCAGCUUCAUCCAGCUGAAAAUACAAUAUUUGUGGUUAUGGAAAAUAUAUUUCACAGCGGUUUAUAUGGUACAAUGAUUAUCUACAGUAUACUUGCUUGUUUUGUCACAUAAACUGAAAUUAGGCAAACUUGAAAUUUAGCAACCAGGAAAUGGCGGAUGGAUUUCUGCAUAGUGCAUGUUUAAUUUGAAACCUUGAUUAGUUCAUCUAAGGUUAAAUCACUAAUCUAUGAUUAGUGACAGGUGUCAUAAUACUUUCAACAUAGCAAUAUGUUCUAAUUUUAUUUAUAUGGAAACAAACCAGCACUGGUCAUUGCGAGUUUGCUAGAUAGCUAGCAAAGUGAGUUUUCACUUCCAGACUAAAUUAUGCAAUUAAUUGCAUUUUUUGUGAAAUUUGUUAGCUGGCUAGUUGAGUUUACAAACAUGAUAAGCCACUGGAGCUGAAAUUGUUAGUCACACCAAAAAUACAGCACAUACACUGACAUUUGAUAAACAUAAACAUCCUUCAGUGGCAGUUUAGAUUGAAUCCCUAAACUACAUUUACAUUUGACUUUAAAACAAUGGAGCAACAAGAUUACAUUUGAUCUUGGUUUAAAGUCUAAAUUAAACUUUGUUCAGAAGGAGCAUUACAUUUAACUACAAUUAAUUUAAAAUGAGGUUUCAAGUUUGGUGCAACAAGAUUUAUAGAUAAACCUUGAUUUACCCCAGUUUAAGAGUUAUCCAUGAUGGUGCAACCCACCCUAAAUGUCUGCUGCCUGUUCUUGAUGAGCUCCACCAUCCAACCUUAUUUAGGACAUUGUGAUUGGGACUCAAAUGUGUCAUUCUCACGCAAUGCUGGUAAUAUGUCCCUUUUGUAGAGAGAAACCUCAACAUUGGAACACAACAAAGCUCCCCACAGUCUUACUGGAUAAUGCAGACAUUAUUCAGUUUAAUGCAUUGUCUCAAGUUGGCCAGUUACACACCAUCCAAGUUCUACUUUCAGUUUUGAAAUUGACAUAAACAAAACAAAAACCAAGUGGUUUAUUUCUCCUCCUCAUCCCUCCAUCUCUCUAUGCUUCUCUCCUCCAGAGCUGUGGGUAAAACAUGCCUGCUCAUCAGCUACACCACCAACGCGUUCCCCGGGGAAUACAUCCCCACAGUGUAAGUACAUACUCUCUCUCUAUCUCUCCCCCCCACCACUCCCCCAUCGCAGAAGGUGCCCCACACUAGAAACAUAGAAUGUUUACAUUUUAUAAUCAGAGAUGUGGUUGUUUAACCCUUUCCUGAUGAUCAGGACAUUCUAUAUUUGGCCUGUCGAAUCAUUGAAAUGUACUGGUUGCCUUUAUUUCCUGGUGGUGUGCUGAUCACAUCCCUGAUGAUGUCAAUGUGGUAUAACAUGUAUCUCUCUCUAUAGCUUUGACAACUACUCUGCCAAUGUGAUGGUAGAUGGGAAACCAGUGAAUCUGGGUCUAUGGGAUACAGCAGGACAGGAAGACUACGACAGACUCAGACCACUGUCCUAUCCACAAACGGUAAAACAACAGGAUAAAUGUACUGUGUCCUCUUUAGGUCACUAGUGUAAGCAAUGAAGAUUGUCAAGUGACUUUUUGCAUCUCAAAGUAUCCACCUAAUUUUCGAGCGUUUCUAUGGGCACAGCGAAACAACGGAAGUGAUGGGAUUUGACUUACGCUUUACUUUACAUUUUAUAUUUUAGUCAUUUCGCAGACGCUCUAAUCCAGAGCGAUUUACAGGAGCAAUUAGGGUUAUGUGCCUUGCUCAAGGGCACAUCGGCUGAUUUUUCACCUAGUUGGCUCGGGGAUUCAAACCAGCAACCUUUCCGUAACUGGCCCAACGCUCUUAACCGCUAGGCUACCUGACGCUAGGCUACCUAUAGGCUGCAGUGCGCCGGUUGCAAACUUGGCGGAGUAAAUUAUUUGAAGGAGUCAAUUUAUAGAGUAUAAAAGUAAAGUCAACAAGUGUAAUUUUAUAUAUUAUAUUUCAUUCAAGUUCACUAACGUUAGCUAGACCUACUAGUUGUUCUGUUGCGAUAAUAACGUUAGUUGUGUCAGAGUUAAGGGCCAUCCACCAAACCAAUAACUAUAACGAUAAGCUAUAGGCUACAUAACUAAAAAACAUUGGUGAGCACCCACAAAGUUUAUCGUUCUACAGUCCUACAACUGUCAAUCAACUGAUCAACACAUCGUACUGCACGCUGCCUAUUAAAAAGAUGUUAACACGACCAUUCAGUGCUUUCAGGUUGUUUUCAUUGUCUUAGUGACAACUGCAAAUAAUACAUCAAUGUACAUGUAGGCCAUUUUUAAAUGUAGCAAUUCAACAACAAAUGCCGUUUAGCCUGCACAUAUUUUACAGCAUGUCAUUGGCUCGUUCCUCAAGUGGUUUGCAAGUGAUUGGCAAUUUUCUAACGGUUGUCAAUUUGUUUGGGUCUUCUUUUUCACUGUGGUCAUCUCUCUGUCUGUCCUGUGCAACAAUUUGCAAUGCGUCAGUGCAACAAUGUUAUCAUAAAUGGCCAAAAGUGAUCACUCCAACGCACUUCCUCACCUCAACUGUAGGCCUGUUUUACAUUCAGCAAUUAGCAAGAGUAAGCCUGCUUCUUUCCCCUAAUAGGCUGUUAGGCCUAGUAUAAAAAAUGAUCAAAAUAAAUAUCCUAUAGCUUUUCCUGGGAUUUCACGAGAAGAGGAAUGGCUAUUGUGGAGAGGCAUGCAUAGCCUAUUGCACAUGGAAACAGCUGGAAAAGAGAGGCUAGUGAUAUCUGAUGUGCAGCCGAAGUAAGAAGGUAGAUAUUAGGCCAUUCAUUAGCUAAAUAUUAGGGCUAUAGGAUAAAUAUUUACCUGUCAAAGUGCAAGAAAAAUAAAUUAACAGAUUAUAUGAAAUGGCAGAUCUGUGGGUACCUCCAGGCUACCCUCUGUGGUCCCCGGGGAUGCAAAGCUCCACUAUUGAUUAGGGCUACAUUUUUUGACAAAAUUAUUCUACCUGGGCUACAACAACACAGUGCAAUGAGGAAUGUAUUAUUGUUAUCAAGUGAGUACACAAUUAUUGUCUAUAGACUGUAAACUGCAGUGAUAUAGGCUAAUUUGAAUAACCGCUCAAGUGUCCUGUUUUGUUUCAUGCCGAAAUAACUGCAUACAGCCUAGGCCUGAUUAUGCAACAUUUUGGAUCAGAUGGGGUCUAUUCUCGACAGUUUAGAAGAUCUAGAAAGGUACAUUAGCAGGCGACUCAUAUGGUGUAUCCAGGCUCUGUAGUAGCCGGCCGCGACCGGGAGACCCAUGGGGUGGCGCACAAUUGGCCCAGCGUCGUCCAGGGUAAGGGAGGGAAUGGCCGGCAGGGAUGUAGCUCAGUUGGUAGAGCAUGGCGUUUGCAACGCCAGGGUUGUGGGUUCGAUUCCCACGGGGGGCCAGUAUGAAAACUAAAAACUAAAAAACUGUAUGCACUAACUGUAAGUGGCUCUGGAUAAGAGCGUCUGCUAAAUGACUGAAAUUUGUAUUUUGGCAGGAUGUAGCCUAUCAGUGUUAAGAUAGGCCUACUAGGAAAAUAUGGGCUUGUCCUUUCCAACUCCCUGCCCAUUCUUAAUGCUGUAGCCUAUUUUACAUUCAGCAAGCGAGAGCAAGCAUGCAUCUCUCCUCCAAUAGGCUAUUAGUAAAGAAAAUAAGUGUCCAAGCUUUUGUAGUCUGGCUUUUUCAGGGACUCUACAAGAUUUAAAGAGGAAUAGCCGAGGCAGCGGCAGGGCCAGGUGUGUAAUUGCGCAACAGAUCAAUGAAGACAGACCGGCUCAAGAUGUAGCCUAUAGCUUAAGUUAGAAGUCCUUAAUUCAUCAGCUCAAUGUUAGGCUUCAUACUGCAGUGAAUAUAUACAGUCAAUUUACACAGUGAAAGAAAAAAAAGUUAGCAGAUAACGCAGCCUCGGGAGCGCACACAGCCUACACGAUGUGCGCUCCCAGUCCCUGGGCACGCAGCUCCAAAAGAUACCCUAUUGAUUCAGUUUUUUAGGGACAAGAAAUGUACAACACAAUGUAAUGAAGAAUAUUCUUGUUUUCAAGUGAGGUAUAAAACUCAGUCUAGACUGUGAACUGCCGUGAUUUGCCAUUUGUUAUUUCAAUAACCGCUCAAAAGCCUGUUGUUUUGCAUGCAUAUUCAUUUAGAAAGAUAACUGCAUCUAGCUUGCCUUAUUGGACAACCAUUUGGAUCAGUUAUGGGUAUUUUCUCUGCAGUUUAGCCUACAAGGUCCAGGCACAUUAGCAGGCUAGUAAUAUGGUGUAUUUUGUCGGGAUGUAUUGGCUAACAGAAACAUGCUAAUGCAGGGAUUUCUAGUGGCGCGCAUAUGGAUUAUCAUAAUAGGUGAGCACGGAGGAAGUUAUACCCAUUGUUUCCGCGUUUGGCUUCAGUGUUUUAAAAGCGUUCUAAAAAUUGCUGUCAGCUCUGCAUAAAGAAUCAAUCCCUACAACAUUGUGAAUAAUAUAACAAGUUCUUCAGGGUGUUAGGGAAAGGCGUAUUGCAUUGUGUUGGCAACAUUGAGCAUUUAUAUUCGGCAUAUAAAACUAUGAGCCAACAUUGAGCAUUUAUUAUGGUUCAGAGGUCUGUAUGUAUGAGGAGGAGAGUACAGCCCUCUGUCCACAGUACUAAAACAAUGUCUGGAGCAGACAUUAAGGAAGUGAAAGAGUGCUCUGUCUGCCCCACAUUCUGGACUCUGUGACUCCUCCCGGCAAUUGACAGUGUUCAGGGAAACUUUAUCCUCCUAGAUAACAGUUAAGUUGUAUUGCAGUGAAUUGAGGACGUUCAUGAACUCUGUCUGUCAUGUAUGGUUUGUUUGUACCAUUCAUAGCUACAAAACAUUCAUCUCCAUAAAUUGUAACCUUCUAUUUUUUUAUGGUUGAUCUUGUAAUGCUGUAUUCGUAUGACCAAAUAUAUAAUGCUGGUUGUUUCCUCCCCAACAGGAUGUGUUUUUGAUCUGUUUCUCUCUCGUGAGUCCUGCCUCCUUUGAAAACGUCCGUGCCAAGGUGAGCCAUAGUCUCUGCUUUGUUUCUUUUUCGUUUAUGCAUUAAGCAUUAAGUUAUCAACAUGGUCAUUACUUGUGAGGGUGGAUUUUGAUAGAUAGGCCUCUAGUCUACAGUAACGUCCUGAUCCUAUCCUGACUGUCUUGUCCCUGUCCUCCAUAGUGGUACCCAGAGGUGAGACACCACUGCCCCAACACCCCAAUCAUCCUGGUGGGCACCAAGCUGGAUCUGAGAGACGACAAGGACACCAUCGAGAAGCUGAAGGAGAAGAAACUCACCCCCAUCACCUACCCCCAGGGCCUGGCCAUGGCAAAAGAGAUUGGUUAGUAUACUAAUAGUACUUUAGUGUCCUGUCUAGGAGGUGUACUUGUACAUCAAGCUGCCUCACGCUACAAAAACAACAGAUAGGCUCCUGUCCUAUGAGCUGUUCUGGCUCGGACAAGGCUUACUUGCUUCUUAGCAGUACUUUAGGGUCCGGUUUCCCGGACGAAGAGUAAGCCUAUUACUGGACUACACAGCAAUGUCAAUGGAGUUUCUCGGUAGCUUAAUUUGGAUCCGGAUGGGGUAGUCAUAGCUAUUAUUCAAUUUAGGAUUUUAAUGAAUGAAAUCCCCAUUUGCUGUGACGUUGAAUGCCGGCCUGUGUCUCCUCUACAGGAGCAGUAAAGUACCUGGAAUGCUCAGCUUUGACACAGCGUGGCCUUAAGACAGUGUUUGACGAAGCCAUCCGGGCGGUCUUGUGUCCCCCGCCCGUCAAGAAGAGGAAGAGGAAGUGCUCACUACUCUAA